AUGGGUAUUCCCCAGUGCGAAACGGUCGAACUUCAAAGGGCGGCCAUUCUCUGGACCGCCCAACGCUGGCAUGCGGUUUAUGCCGCCGACAACACGAGGAACUACGAGAUAAUUGAUAGCCGCGUAUCUGACGACUGUUUGCACGGAAAUUUGCAAACCGAACUUGCUAGUUCAUUACUGGUUUUGUGUAUGUUGUACCAAAUGUCAAAAUUAAAAUGCAAGCGCUCGCUCUACUCCUGCUUGGCGAACAAUGUGCCUAAAAAAGAAAACAAAGGGGAAGAAAAGGAUAAAACAUGGCAAAUAUUUGUUGGAGAGCCGACAAAGUUGAUUAGUGAAUUCUUGGAAAAUUGUAUGAGAACAUUAGAAGCAGAGGCCGAGAAGAAGGAGCAUGGGAAAGACUGGCGGUAG